UCAAACAGAGAUAGGGGAUUCAGUGCGGAAAUCAACAAAUCUUCUUCUUACAAGGACCCUUAAUGGAUGCAUAAAUUCGCUGAUCAAAAGAAGAGAGAUUUCAAUACCACAGCUGGCUCAAGUAUCAGUCAAUACAGUACAUCUAGAGUACGCUUGCUUACAUUUGGAGGAGUAUGUUUCUCAAGUCACAGGGACACCCAAUCAUGGAUGAGCCCGCAAAUCCAAGCGGUAUAACCCUAGAAAUUACAUAUUAUGGUCUACCGGCCAGUCUUCCUGGAUCAAAUCGCUGUUACAUCAGGACAAAUUUCCUGAAAAAUGUUGCCUUUGCGGCGAGCUGGGCCAUCCAUUGCAGGCGUUAUACGAAAGGCUGGACCUUCUACAACAGACCACGUAAUCGGAUGCGGGCGUUGAGAUUAGCUGUAGCGACUGCAAGUGCUACUUCAGAGACAGGGCCCCCUAGUGGGCCCAUGUUCGCCAUGCAAAAAUUAUAUGCAUCCACUGCUGUCCCCCUGAAUGAGCCACUCACAGACAUACCAGCCAAAGGCUCGGUCAGGGAACGCCAAACAGUUCAGGUCACUACCCUGGAUAAUGGCCUCAAGGUAGCAUCUCUAGAGACAUACUCCCCCAUCUCAAGAGUGGGGCUGUUCUUUGAUGCUGGAAGCCGCUAUGAGACUGACUCAAACCUUGGAAUUACUCAUAUGUUGAGGAAUGCAGCCUACUUGAGCACACCUAACCGUACAGCAUUCAGGAUUGCUAGAGAUGCCGAGCAACAUGGAGCUAGCCUAGAGGCGACUUGCACAAGAGACCAUUUGUUUUUUGCCUCUGACUGUGUGCGGGACAGUGUUGGUGCCAUUAUAGACAGUCUUGCAGAAGUCACCUUGAAUGGUGCCUAUAGCCCGUGGGAUCUGGAGGAAGCAGGCGAACGCAUCAGACUUGAUCUGGCUAUUGCCAACACUCAGCCUCAGAUUGGUGUUCUUGAGGAACUUCACAAAAUUGCUUUUAGAAAGAAUCUGGGAAACUCUAUUUACUGCCUGCCUCACAGAAUCAGCCGAAUCAGCACCAAAGAGUUGCUCGACUUCAAGGGCAAGCAUUUUGUAGGCAAAAGGAUGGCUCUUGUUGGUGUUGGUAUUGACCAUGCCCAGCUGGUAGAUCAUGCGAAAGCCUCACUCUCAUCUUUGCCGUCAUCUGGAGAAGCUGUCACCAAGGAUCCUGCCAAGUAUCACGGAGGAGAGUCGCUGAUUCACAAGCCGACUUCGCUAGUGCAUGCCACCCUAGCAGUUCAAGGUGCUGGUCUGGGAAGCAAAGAUCUUCUAGCUCUUGGCAUUUUACAGAGAGUGAUGGGCAGCACACCAUCUGUAAAAUGGGGAAGCAACAUGGCCUCAUCCAGGCUCAAUAAGGCAGCAAGUGAAGUAGCGCAAGGACCUUUUGCUGUGUCAGCCCUAAACAUGAGUUACUCUGACAGUGGUCUGUUUGGAUGCUACUUUAUCGCAUCUCCUGCGGAGAUUGAAAAGGUGAUGAAGGCUAGCUUGGGUCAGUUUGCCAAGGUGGCCAAGGGAGAGGUUAGCGACGAUGAACUCCUCCGUGCCAAGAACCAAUUGAAAGCAAGCCUACUAAUGAACAAUGAAAGCGGUCAGACGAACUUUGAGGACAUUGGAGCCCAGGUCCUGACGACCGGCUCAUACAGCCCUGCUAGUGAUGCUGCCACCAUGGUGGACGCCAUCUCCAAGGCCGACCUUCUCGCGGUCGCCAAACGCCUCAUGUCCAGCAAGCCGUGCCUUUCAGCCGCCGGUGACGUCACCAAUGUGCCCCACGUGGACGAACUCUUCUAAACACGUGCUAUCACGUGUCUGUAUGGCGUGUUGUGUCACGUGAUUAUAGCGUGAUUAUUUUCUGCCAGUUAACUGGGGUUGGUGCAUUGUAUGUAAUUGAGGAUUUAAGAAAAACAAAACGCAUUUUCCGCUGUCUGUACAAAGGAGCGCAAUGUGCAAUAUUUUAAGAUUGAAAUAAACCGAUUGUGUAAGUAA